AGGUUUCUAAGCAUUCUCUCAUUUGACCAACAGUAAAUUGACUAUGUUAGAUAUGUUAGAUAGAGUCAAGUUUGAUUUCGGUUAUGGUUUUGGUCAUUAACUUAUUCAUUUGCCUAUUCACCAUCCAGUAAAAUAUUGACUAUGUGUAGAGCCCUCUGCUAUGUACUAGGGAGGAGCUGGAAGGUAAUGAAGAUACGAUCUCUUUCCAAAUGCAGUUUAUAGUUUAAUUGGGGACACGACACUCACAAAUGCACAACAACUCUAAAAUGACUAUAUAGUACAGAAUUUGAAGAUAGCAUAAAAUGUGUAAGUUUGAGGGGAAAGAAAAAACUACAAAAGAUGUCUAAUUUUUGUUUUAUAAGAUGUCAGAGCAUAUUGCUCCUUAUAUAAAGUUACAAAGCGGCAACUAGAUAGGAGUGAGAGAGGAGGGAAGAGGAGACCUCAGCUAGUGGGCUUGAAAACUACCAUCAUUCAAAUCUGGCCUCAAAUAUUUCCUAACUAUUUGAUCCUGGAGAAAUAAUUUAUGCCCGUUUGCUUAGCCCUUGCCCUUCCAUCUCAUUUUUUCAUAUAUUUGUUUUAUCAAUUACAUGUAAUAACAAAUUUACACAUUUUCUGAAAUUAUUUGAUCCAAAUUGUCUCCCUCCCUCCUUCUUCUCCCCUCCUGGUACUGGCAAGCAAUUAAAUCUGAGUUAUACAUGUUUUACGGUGCAAAACAUUUCCAUAUUAUUCUUUUUUGUAAGUGAAUAUUAUAAAACCCCAAACCCAAAUAUAUACCCAAAUAAAUAAAUAAGAAUCAUGUACAUUCAUCUGCAUUCAUUCCAACAGUUCUUUGUCAUAAGUCUCUCAGAACUGUCCUAGAUCAUUGUACUAUUGCUGAUAAUAACUAAGUCUUUAACAUUUGAUCAUUCCACAAUACUGCUGUUGUUGUGUACAAUGUUUUCCUGGUUCUACUUAUUUCACUCUGCAUCAGUUCAUGGAGGUCUUUCUAGCUCUUUCUGAAAUCAUCCUUUUCAUCAUUCCUUACAGCACAAUAGUUUCCAAUCACCACCACAUAUCACAAUUUGCUUGGCUAUUCCUCAAUUCCUCCUCCCUUCUACUUCUAAUUCUUUGUUACCACAAAAAGAGCAGCUAUAAAUAUUUUGUACAGACAGGUCCUUUUCCAUUUUUAAAGAUCUCUUUGGGAUACAGACCUAGUAGUGGUAUUACUGGAUCAAAGGGUAUGCAUUUUUAAAAAUCCCUUUGGGUAUAGUUCCAAAUUGCCCUCCAGAAUGGUUGAAUCAGUUUACAACUCCACCAGCAAUGCAUUAGUGUCAUAAUUUUGCCACAUCCCCUCCAAAAUUUAUCAUUGUUCUUUCCUAACAUAAAAGAAGUAGAUCAGUUUAUCCUUGAGCAAAUAAUGUUUUUUUUCCAGUUGUUUAGAUCUAAUUUUAUUUGUGCAAAAAGUGUUUUGUUAUUGUGUUCAUAUAAUUGCUGUGUUCAUUUUGGCAAAUAGAUUCCCUGGCAUUUCAUGUUGUCUAGAGUCUUUUUAUAUGGAAUUGCUCACCCUUCUUAGAACUGUUUCUAAGAUGGAAAAUAGAAUUUUAAAAAAUGAAAUCACUAUCAUCUCUAAAACUAAAAAGUAAUUCACAUUCAAUGAUCUUAUAUUUAUCAUCUUUAGACAAUGGUUUUAAACAGAACACAUUUACAUCUUUAACCAAUUAUUGAAAGCAUAUAAUCAGUUUACCCUUUAGUCUUUCCUUGACCCAAAGCCUGGAGAAUACUUUGUGGUGUUUCAUCCCUUCCAAAACAAGCACCAGAAGCAUUAUCACAAGCACAAACUGAGUGUCACCUUUCUUUGGAUACUCUCUCCCCACUUCAAAGAUGUCAUUUUAAAGCAAUCCUGCAAUAGCUAUGCCAAAUGUGGUAGUCCAGAAGUGACCCAUUUAGUCUAGGAUCUCACUUUUGAAAUUGGAAAAGAAUGACAUAUUCAUAGAAGAUAUGAAAAUAUUUGUUUAGCCAUAUUAAAGCAAAGGUUGUUCAGAGUGGGAAAAGGAUAUUCAGUAAAGAUGCAGCACUGAUUUAUUGAUCAUAGUUUUGCCUAUAGCGGUCUAUUGGGGUAAGUCUGAAGGACCAUAUUAAAUUCUUAUUGUCUUCUAUUUUUUAUUGAUGCAAGAAGAAAGCUACAUCAAUAAGCAGAGCCAUUAAUUAUGAAACCUUAUGGAUAGUUUUGAUUCUUAUGAGAAAAAAAGUUUUGAUACUUUUGAGUGUCAUAGCAUGGGAACUUACAAUAUUGCCUUCACAUAGAAGGGUAGGAGAAAAGUAUACCCUUCAAAAUAUACAUUUCAGAGUCUUGGAACUCUAGUAGAGAUGAUAGUAAGAAGAAGAGACAGUAUGUAGCAGUAUGAAGGAGGUUGCAUCUGCGAUGAGCCUUGAAGGAAAGUACAUGGAAAUAAUGGAGAGGUAAUGUAUUUUAAAAGAGAGGAAUAAUGGGAUAGGAAAUGGCAGGAUGAAAGGAACAGAGAUGAAUGAGAGCAAGAUGAGAUUAGAGAGUUGCAGAGUAAUAAUAUAGUUUGGGACAUAGUGAAUGAGUUAUGGGAUAAAGAGGAUGGUAUAGUGGUAUUUGAAUUACCCAAGACGAAAUAAAAUAACUCAAGGUAUUGACGUGUAUGGUCUAGAGUAAAAUAAGACCCUGGGAUCCAGGAAGAUACCUAUGUCUGAAAUGUACAGGCUCUGUGAUCCUAGUCAAGUUUCUUACCUCAGUCCUUUAGGAAGGAAUCUCAUUAAGCUUACAAAUUGCAAAGAAAAUACCAUUCGUCUUGAUAGAGAGACUGUCCCUAUUUAGACCGUCUUGCAUCAAUAAAAAUGCAGGUCAUGUUCUUAUUCCUAUAUGGUAUUUCCAUAUGAUAAAACUUAAGACAUUGUUUACAUAUUUAAAAAAGCUCUUACUACACCUUCUGUGCCCAAUUUGUUGGAAUCUUCUGUUGUACAUAAUUGGGUAUUGAGUUCAUAAGAUUUUGACACGCAUUCUUUACUUCUUCAUCAUGAAAGCACUCUCUUAUCACGUUGGAUAUUAAACAUGCUUUUAAUGCCCACUAUAUAUCUCUAUCUAUGUCUAUAUCCAGAUCUAGAUCUCCAAUCUAGCUUUGAUUAUAUAGCAUAAGUUUUCAAAGAGGUUUCAAUCAGGCAAGUUCUCAGCCCACUGAAAGAUUUUUAUCCAUGUAAUCCAGAUGUAAUCCAUUCAGAUUUGGGAUUUUCUAGAAUUUCAGCAUGAUUCCUCUCCUCGGUAUAUCCAUAUAUUUACCAGAGUUGAUCAUUCAUUGGAUAAGAUUCAGUGGACAAGACUUUCAGGUACCCUGAAAGUAAAAAAGUCUUUCAGCUUUUGUAAGGAGUGGAUGCUUUUACAGUCUAAUUGGUAUGCCUAGAUGGGAGAGCCUCAUGUAGAGAUCACACAAUGGUUUUAGAAUAGUCUUGAAUGAAAAAGUGAGUUUAGUGGAUGAAAAUGACCUUUUGUGAUCUUUGACAUUCCAGUCAUUUAUUGUUUUACCAUGACAAGUUGUUUUUCCCCGCAUAAGCAAUGAUUAGUCAGUUUGUAUACUGGUUUUCUUCAACCACAAGAACCUCUACUCUAGAGCAAUCAAUAACAUCCUCUAAAGCUUUCUUUGAACCACAUUUUGUUUUCCUCUUUUCUGUAAGGAAUACUGUUUGAUCACGGGCUUGCGUACUUCUUAAAUGUUUGACUACCCCAGAUCAGCUGCUAUUGCUGUCUCUCAAAGUCAUUGAAGUGGGCCCCUACUUUGAAGGAGCUCAUUAUCUAGGGGGGAGACAACGUGGAAGCAACUAUGUACAAUCAAACUGGUUUUCUUUGGAUACAUUUGAAAUAAUCAAAAGAGGGAAAGAAAUAUAAUUGAGAAGGCUCAGGAAAGGUGGAUGAUAUUAUAGGUAAUCCCUGAACAGAGGACUUUAUAUUUGAUCCUAGAGGUAUGAAGGAUGGAUUAGAAAGAGGGCAGCCUUGAGGCAAAUGGCUGUCAGGAAGCUACUUUACUAGUCUAGAUGAGAACAGAGAGUGACUUGGGUGAGGGUAAGAAGUAAAUAUUCAAGAAUGAUUACAGAGAAAGGAGCAGGAGGAUUUGGCAACGGAUUUGAUAUAGAUGGCCAGCAGGAAAAAGCCAAAGACGACUGAAGUGAAGAGCUAAGUCAAUAGAAAGAUGCUGGUGUCAUCACCAGAAGUAAUGAAUUUAGCGGGAAGAUCGACCUUCUUCAGACGUCAUGGAGAUCAUUAGUUCAAUCUUGGACUUUGGAGUUUCAGUUGCUGGUGUGGUUUCCAGCUUCAGGUUGGAGAUACAGGAAUCCCUCCAACAUCACAGAUUGUGCCCUCACCAUCUGGAAAAUCCACAAAAAAUACUGAUGCUCUUCCUUCACACAAGAGAAAAAGUCUGACGUUUUUAUUUUUCUAUUUUGGGUGUUUAUAAUACCUUAUUGCAAAUUCUAGUUAUAUAUUUGAUUAAAGGCUCUUUUCUACUGUCAUUGAUAAGUUCACAGGAAGUUAAAAUGAAACAAAUAUUUGAAAAGCAGUCUAAUGUAGAGCUUUGAAAUGUAGAGUCGGGCAAUCUGGAUUGAUGCCACUUGGGUGACUUUGGGCAAGACCUCCCAGAAGGCUCUCUUCCUGGGGCUUAGUUUCAUCACCUGUUACCUUUAGAGAUCAGAACAGAUGAUAAAACCUGAGAAAUGACCUUUGAAGUACUGUAUCUGUACUCUAGGUUCUUUGGCUGGUUAAUGGAAAAUAAAUAAAAAAUGACAUCAUCAAAUGUGUUUCUUUCUAAUUAACUUUUUCUAAAAGGGAGAAAAUCAUAAACCGAUCAAUGAAACCCAGUUUAGUGGAAGCUCAGUGAUGAAUAAUUGUAUUCAUAUGAAUUCAGUCUGUUCAAGUAAGCAAUAUGUGUAGCAUGAGAGUUCAGUUCAUCUCGAUGAGGCUCAUGAGCCAUCCAUCACAGAAAAGAAAAUGUUUUAUGAGGCAGAGGAUCCGCAAGAAGAGUGGUUAGAACCAAUUUCUAUAAACGAUGCAUAAUUUUCAUUAUCUUUAGAGGGAAUGACCCUGACUAUUGCAUCCUAGGAAAGAUCCUGUACAUGUUUUAUGGAGUGCUUUCACUUUCAUAAAAUACCUUUUUUAAAUUGAGACACAAUCUAAUAAAAAUUAAUAUACCAAGCCCCUUCCUCAUGAUAUUUGUUGUUAUUGUCAAAAGAACAUGUGUGUGUGUGUGUGUGUGUGUGUGUGUGUGUGUAACUUCCAUUUGUAUAGGGCAACACCUCUUUGGUACAUAAGCAACUGUAAUUAUGAAAUGGGAAUAUAGAAGACUAAAUUAAAAAAUUUUUGUUAUGCUAGAAAUACAGAAACCUCUUAUACAUUACUUUGUAUUAAGGGAAGAGAUUUGGGGGUAAAAUAUGAAAGAAAAACUUCAUUUUCUAAUCAAUUAAUCUAGAAAACAUUUACAGAUUUGGCCAUUCUACAAUAGUGCUCAUUUUGAGUACAGAGAUUAAGUGAUUUGCUUGUUGUCACAAAGCUAGUAUUUAACAGAAAUGAGACUUGAACUCAGGUCUUCCUAACGCCAAGGUUAGAUUUCUCUUUGCUACAGUAUGUCAUCAUCCAUACUAAAAUAUAUUAUUUCUGCAGUCUUCCAACUUUUAUUCAGCCCUGAAGGGACUAAAAGUCACAAGUUUUUCACAAAGUAAUUAUAUCAACUUUAUGACCGAAAUGGAAAACUUAAGACUUAUUAAUUCAAGAUUUUCCUAUAGAGGAAUUUUAUAGUGUAGAACAAUUUGAUUUGUAAAUUACCUUGUUUGUUGACUCAUCAGCCAAGUCAUGGACAAUUAAAAGUGGAGAAGCCCCAGAGAUUAGUUCUUUAUUUUAGAUCCCGGCUAUUCUAACCUGGAGGUAGGAUUUCCAAGAAAUUCAGCGAACUUUCUAAGUGAGCUUAAUGAACCAGCACGACACUUGGAGUCAUGAAGACCCACAGAAUUGGAGUCUGGAAUUCUUGCUGAUCACCAAGUGCUUCAAGCUUAAUCCUUUCUGUGAGGGAACGAAUAAUCUAUAUUCCACACGAAUCCUACUUCUACGUCUUUAUUCAAGAAGAGGAUAUUUUAAGAAUAGAAGAAGUCAUAUGCAAAGUCUCAAAAAUAGCUCACUCAAUAGCACAACUCCAAGGAAGCAUUAUCAGUGGUGAGUGAGGAUCAAUCAUUAUUUGAAUGUGCUUACGGGACGCCACACCUUGGUAAGACUGAGAUGACUGCAUCCUCCUCCAGUGAAUAUGGACAGACUUCCAAGAUGAGUCCACGUAUCCCUCAGCAGGACUGGCUACCACAGCCCCCACCCAGAGUCACUAUCAAGAUGGAAUGUAACUCUAAUCAAGUUAAUGGGUCAAGGAACUCUCCUGAUGACUGCAGUGUUACAAAGGGUGGGAAGAUGGUCAACAGCCAAGAUAAUGUUGGAAUGAACUAUGGCAGCUUUUUGGAGGAGAAGCAAAUUCUAUCAACCAACAUGCCGAUAAAUGAACGAAGGGUUAUUGUGCCCGCAGAUCCUACAUUGUGGAGCACCGACCACGUCCGGCAAUGGUUAGAAUGGGCUGUGAAAGAAUACGGUCUUCCAGAUGUCGACAUCUUGCUAUUCCAGAACAUUGAUGGGAAGGACCUGUGUAAGAUGACCAAAGACGAUUUCCAAAGACUCACUCCGAGUUAUAACGCUGAUAUUCUUCUCUCCCAUCUUCACUACCUCAGAGAGACUCCUCUUCCACACUUGACGUCAGAUGAUGUUGAUAAAGCCUUGCAAAACUCUCCUCGGUUAAUGCACGCUCGAAACACAGGAGGAGCCACUUUUAUUUUUCCAAACACGUCAGUAUAUCCUGAAUCCACACAAAGAAUUGCGUCUAGGCCAGAUUUAUCAUAUGAAGCAGCCAGGAGAUCAACCUGGACAAGUCAUAGCCACACUACACAAUCAAAAGUUACUCAGCCAUCUUCUUCAACAGUUCCCAAAACCGAAGACCAGCGUCCCCAGUUAGAUCCCUAUCAGAUUCUCGGACCAACAAGUAGCCGCCUUGCAAAUCCUGGGAGUGGACAGAUACAGCUUUGGCAGUUUCUUCUGGAGCUUUUAUCAGACAGUUCAAAUUCCAACUGCAUCACUUGGGAAGGUACCAAUGGAGAAUUCAAGAUGACGGACCCUGAUGAAGUCGCCCGGCGCUGGGGAGAACGCAAAAGCAAACCGAACAUGAACUAUGACAAGCUUAGUCGUGCGUUACGUUACUACUACGACAAAAAUAUUAUGACUAAAGUUCAUGGCAAGCGAUAUGCUUACAAAUUUGACUUCCAUGGAAUUGCUCAGGCAUUGCAGCCCCAUCCUCCCGAGUCUUCUUUGUACAAGUAUCCAUCAGACCUCCCUUACAUGGGCUCCUAUCAUGCUCAUCCUCAGAAGAUGAACUUUGUUGCUCCUCAUCCUCCUUCUUUGCCUGUGACAUCUUCCAGUUUCUUCUCUGCCCCGAACCCAUACUGGAAUUCAUCAACCGGAAGUAUCUACCCCAAUACCCGGCUUCCAGCAAGCCACAUGCCUUCCCAUUUGGGGACUUACUACUAAAGGAAAAAUGACAUUCCUCCACAAUAUCCAAUUUCCCAUUGAAGUCUGAUAAAGUCUGCUAGAGACAACAUGAAGUAGAAAGAAUUUGAUUAUAUGUCAGGUUGAGGGGGUAAAAGUGGGAGGAAGGGAAAGAGAACACACAGUUCUUUAGAGAGAGAAUGAAUAAAAUUAAUGCUUAAAAAGGCAAAGAUGAUGCUAAAUGUAAUAUGGAUGAUUCACAAAAGACAAUGUAAGUUGAAGCAUGAAGGGAUCAUGAUCAAGAGAAAUGUGGCUUUAAUAAGUUUAUUAGCUUCAGUGUAAAGUUUGGUAUCCACAUGCUAACUGGAACUAUACUACAAUAUUAGGAUAAUACAAUAUUGAUCUAACAUACAAUAUAUGAAUUCAUUUUUUAAACUCUGCCUGUAUUUAAAAUGGAAAUAUAUAUACACAUAUGUAGUGUAUAUAUAUAUACACAUAUAUAUGAAUUUAUAGACUUACUUACAUACAGACUCAGAAUGGUUUAUUGUGGAAUCCAAUGUGUGGAAUCCAAUAUGGCACUUGGUGUUUUGAUUAAAAUCAAAAUGGAGCUCUAUCAGCUAUUUUAAACUGUGAAGACUCCUCAGCAUUUCAGAUUCCUUAGCAGAAUUACAAUAUCAUCUAAAGAGUUGGACUGAGAAUGUGUACAAAAGACAAGUGUAUGACUGUAGACCAAAGAACUGCAUUUGCAACAGGAUAGUAGUGAGAAACAGAAGAGGGCAACAAAGUAUGAGAAAGAAACUACUUACCCAAGUAGAAGUUGAAUCUAUGUUAACUUUGGAAAUGUGAAGAAUGACUUCAUAGGAUGAAAUAAAAUAGUAUCAGUGUUGUGCCAUCCCUAGUGUUACAGCGAGGACACUGCUAAUUUUGAAUGAGCGAUGAAAGGGAAAAGUAGUGUGAAAUUCAGAAAUCAGAUCACAUAUCACUAUUAAAGGUUGUUGGUUUUUUAACUGGAAUUAUCUGAUAUUUAGAAGAAUCAGUCAGGACCCACCAUUUUCUUGGGGAAUAAGGUAAGAGACAGCCUUGAUGAUUAUUAUGAGAAACCACAUCGAUGGUUUGGUGAAAUGGGCACCGCUUUUCCUUUUUGAGUCACAAACGCUGUGCGUUUGUAAGAAUUAAAUACACAAGGGUUUUUUCUCUUUUUUACAUAAUAAUUAUAUAACUUAUGCAUUUAUACACUACGAGUGGAUCUCGGCCAACCAAAGACAACCACACACAUACAAUGGAUCAUCAGAAAUAUUGUGGCCUUGAAUUUUAACUCAGUAUGCUUAAUGUUUACAGUAUGAAGUUAUUAAUAUUUAGAAUGCAGAAUGUAUGUAAUAAAAUAAGCUUGGCCUAGA